GGCGUGACCGGGUCGGGCAGGGCAGGGCAGGCCCGAGAGCGGCGACACCAUGAGCGGCACUUUAGCCAAGAUCGCCGAAAUCGAGGCCGAGAUGGCUCGGACUCAGAAGAACAAAGCCACCGCGCACCACCUGGGGCUCCUGAAGGCCCGGCUGGCCAAGCUCCGGAGGGAGCUCAUCACCCCAAAGGGCGGCGGGGGCGGCGGCCCCGGAGAAGGGUUCGAUGUGGCCAAGACUGGCGAUGCUCGGAUCGGCUUUGUGGGGUUCCCGUCUGUGGGGAAGUCGACGUUGCUGAGUAACCUGGCCGGGGUGUAUUCUGAAGUGGCAGCCUACGAGUUCACCACUCUGACCACCGUGCCCGGAGUCAUCAGGUACAAAGGUGCUAAGAUUCAGCUUCUGGAUCUCCCAGGUAUCAUCGAAGGUGCCAAAGAUGGGAAAGGGAGAGGCCGGCAGGUCAUUGCAGUGGCCCGAACCUGCAACUUGAUUCUAAUCGUCCUGGAUGUGCUAAAGCCCCUGGGCCAUAAGAAGAUCAUUGAGAAUGAGCUGGAGGGCUUCGGAAUCCGCUUAAACAGCAAGCCCCCCAACAUUGGCUUUAAGAAGAAGGACAAAGGAGGCAUCAACCUCACAGCCACGUGCCCUCAGAGUGAGCUGGAUGCCGAGACUGUGAAGAGCAUCCUGGCAGAAUACAAAAUCCACAACGCCGACGUGACCUUGCGCAGUGACGCCACAGCCGACGACCUCAUUGACGUGGUGGAGGGCAACAGAGUGUACAUCCCCUGCAUCUACGUGCUGAACAAAAUCGACCAGAUUUCCAUUGAGGAGCUCGACAUCAUCUACAAGGUGCCUCACUGCGUGCCCAUCUCUGCCCACCACCGCUGGAACUUCGAUGACCUGCUCGAGAGGAUCUGGGACUACCUGCGGCUCGUGAGGAUCUACACCAAGCCCAAAGGGCAGCUGCCGGACUACACCUCCCCCGUGGUGUUGCCCGACUCUCGGACCACCGUGGAGGACUUCUGCAUGAAAAUCCACAAGAACCUCAUCAAAGAGUUCAAGUAUGCCCUGGUCUGGGGUCUGUCCGUGAAGCACAACCCCCAGAAGGUGGGGAAGGACCACACGUUAGAAGACGAAGAUGUCAUUCAGAUUGUCAAAAAGUGAAGCUGCCCCCCCCCCCCCCGGGCUGUCCUGGGCUGCAGCCUCUGCCACUCACAGGCAAGGAGGAUGCGCAGCCUCCCUUCCUCACCGCCAUCAUUCACUGUCUGUUGAACUACAUAAAGAGUCCGGCUGGCUGGCAGGCUGCCCUGAGGUGCCUUUGUGUCUGUGUGGGCUGGCUUGAGUCUGGGGGGACAGUUAAUCACAUGACGCAAGGUGGCAUGGAGAAUCUUGUUCUAGGCCCGGACGUCGGUCUGCUUCACUCCUACACGUUGGGGAUGGAGCAGAAGGGGGGUGGUUCUGCAUGGACAACCUGUAGGGGACAUUUGUCAAGGAGAGGAAGUACUGACCAAGGGCUGGCCACUCCUCAUGGGUCAGUUCCUCUCCGGCUUGGCCCUGUGCCCUUUCUCUGAGCACAGGUGCCAUCGAGAGCUGGGCACGGAGUCUGCCACGGAGCGGCGAGAACAGCUUUCUGUCGGAGGUGCUGCUGGCACUGGGGUCAGACUUUGCAGCCGGGCUGGCUGCGGAGCUUCAUCCCUCCUGACAACGUGGAGGACUCUUCUGGGAAUGCCUGAGGCUUUGGUCAUGGGUUCAGGGCAGGCACGUAUGAUGCAGGCCCAAGAGAAACCUGUCUUGAUUUUUUUUCCACUCUCCUUUUUUCCUUUUUACUGUUUCGACAUUGGUUUGUUUUACUCUAUGACGAGCCUACCUCACCGUGUGCCUUCAGCCUUGUGGCUCCCUGGCGUUGCUUAGGUCAGCCACAGGACUGACAUGGGGCCAACCCCGUGCCUGGAGCCAGUGUCUUCUCUGCUUGACGGGCCAGGAGUCAGUUGAUUGCUAAAAGCUCCUCAAGUGGCCAUCCAAACAGAUGUAUCCAUGGUCUGAUGCAGUGGACUGUCUGUCCAGGGGCGUGUCAUUGUCUGGACAAUAGUCAUUCUUCAUCCUGGAAGAUGUUCUGUGGGCUUAGAGGGCUGAUGCCAUCGUCACAACUGCAGCCAAGACCCUGGCAAUGAGCUCAUCGUCCGUGACGGUGGCCGACCCUUGAUGAGCACCAUCCGCCAUGCCUUCCUCAACGCUGGUAAUCAGAUGAUGACUAAGCAAAGUGAUCGCAUCUUAACAUGUGCCAAGGAGAUGCCUUCUUGGCAGUGUUUUUCUGCAUGGAGUCAAACAUUCUUACAAAAUCAAACAAUAAACAGCAGGAUUAUCUUGUC